AUGCCUUCGCAAGACCGGGAACUUGUUCGGCAUUCUGGGGUGCCUACUGAAUCCAGACGACCUUCGAUUCCAAUGUGGGAUAGCUCUGAUCCAGAGCGAGCACCUCCUCCUCUGCCACUGAAUCCACGCUCCAUGAGUCCUGCGACGAGAUCCAAUGUCUCUCCAAACAUUCAAGCUGUAGCGGCCAAGUUCGCAGACAAGGCGAGCGAAACCGCCCCCAGCAAUUACACAAUCAACCCAAUGCCCAACAAGUCCUCCUCUCCGGAGAGAUCUCUCGUCAAGGGCUAUCACAAGCGUAUGCAAUCACUUCAACCCGCAGAUACAAAGAGUGAUGCGCGUUCCGAGUUCCUCAACUAUCUCGAAAGCCGGUCUCCUGAACGCCCACUCCGCGCUACUAUCCUCGAUCCAACCGAAAAGGUGUCCGAUGCGAGCAUGACCGCAGAGCCAACGAGACCCAAGACGGCGGAUCGCGAGAUGCCUAGCUUCAUGUCGAGUCGGUAUCUCUCAAAACCGAUUCUUGGAGAGAGCACACCUCCUUCAGCCACCAUGUUGGCUCUUCAAAAUAUGCAGAUUCCUGCCGAAUUGGAUCCCCCAUCGCCAUCAAAGCCACCGAAAAUGAUCGCCGAUCGACCUGCGGCGGAACAACCGAAUCAUACGAUAAACACUCUCGCAUCUCAAAUCCACAGCCUGACCGACAUCGCGAGCAGUCUGCAGCGCGAGAUGGCAAAUCUAAGUCGACGAAGUAAAGACAAUGCUACCGACUUAAUCAGCCUGAAGGCUGCGACAAACGCCAGAGACGAGGAUAUUCGAAAAAGUCUAAAGGACUUGACUUGUAAUUUGACUACUAAGCUGCUGGAUGGCGAGCUGACAAGGUUAGAUCUCAGCGCACUUCUGAAGCCUGCAGAGGGUCCUAACGCGAGUGAACCGGAUAGUUCUCCCAAGUCCAAGAGAAGCUACUCUGCCGCUCGACUGCCGAGCCCAAAUCCAUUUGCCUUUGAUCGUGAUCUUUGUGUUUCGCCCACGCCAAUUACAGACGGCUCUGCCAGCAUUGCUUUGCUUGAGAAGGUCCUCCGUGAAAUGGCGACCAAGGAAGGAGAAGAGCGACUUUUGGAGCUUGUUGAUGAAAUCAAAUCACGGCCUGCCGCAAAUGAUUCCGACAAAGACACCAACUCUAAGAUUACGACUAUGCUGGAAGAGAUCCUGAACUUGGUCAAGGCAGAUCCCUCCAAAAACGCGCUUGUUCGAUCCUUGUCCGGGCGAGGCACCGCUCAGGGAUCUGGCAGUGGUGGUGAUGUUGCCCGGUCAGUCUCUACAGGAUCUGUUGCUGGCACCCCUGCAUCUUCCAAGGCUCUUGAUGUCGCCAGAAUCGAUGGCAGGGUGGCAGCCACUGAGAACAUGAUGCCUCUCCUCCAAAGCGUCAAGAACAGUGUUAUGGAGAGUGGAGGCAUGACCAACAGCGUCAAGACACUGGUGCGAGAACUGCGAGGUGAAGUUCUGGGAAUGGGUCGCGACAUUGCCCGGAAGCUGGAGGCAAUCGAAGCCAGUAGAAACACCGAGGACUUUGAAAAGCCGACACCAUCUGCGACCCCGGAAGAGGUGGCUGCAGUGGUGAACGACAGUCUCCAUGAUCUCCGGGAUCAGCUCGCUGCCACGAUCAAUGAGAGCCGCGAACAUACUACCGAAUUGUCACAACUUCGCGCAGCAUUCAACUCCACCGAGAUCUAUGCUGCUGUGAAAAAGGCGCUGGACGAAUUUGAGAUUCGACAGUCAGAAAUUUCGCAGCCUCGUGGUCCGGUGAUGGAGAAGGAGGACAUUCUUGAAACCGUUCGUGAAGCCUGGGAAACCUACAAACCAGAGAUUGAACUGCAGAACUUUGGCCUGGAGCGUGAUGAAAUCUUGGAGUGCCUCUCGGAGGGACUGAAGGACUACCAGCCAAAGCACGAACAAUCUGUGACCUACGAACAGGUUGUUGGUGCCAUUCAAGCCGGCCUUCAGAACUACGUACCCCCUCAAGUCGAGUUGCCCCCCAUGAUCACGAGGGAUGAGAUUAUUCUGACAAUUCGCGAGUGCCUGGAAAAGCCUGAUACAACUGCGCGGGCCGCUGAGGAUGAGCAAUCCCAUCAACUCAAUACUCUUCGAGAGGAUAUUCUACAGGCAAUCACGGAGCGAACCGCUUUGGAAUCUACCCCACGCCAGCUAGACGAAGAGCACCUGCACUACCUCGACACGAUGAGGAAUGACAUUCUUCAAGCAAUUGCGGACCGGGCUGUUCCAGAACCCCCAACCGGAAGCGCCGACGAGGAACACACCCAGCAUCUCAACAUUCUGCGGGACGAGAUUAUCCAAGCAAUCAUCGAUCGUAUGCCAGACAGUGGCCCUCGGGAGGUAGAUGAAGAGCAAAUCCAUCACCUCAAUGCCAUGCGAGAAGAGAUUCUCCAGGCUAUCGCAGAGCAAACAGCUCAUGACCCUACCUCAGCCCAUGUCGAGGAUCAUAUCCAGCAACUCAGCUCCUUGCGAGAGGAAAUUCUUCAGGCUAUUGCGGAUCGCAUUCCAGAUCCUCAUCCACGGGAAUUAGAUGAGAAUCAUCUUCAUCACCUCGACGCUAUGCGAGAGGAGCUUCUCCAGGCUAUUGCUGAAAGACCUCUCGCUGAUGCUUCUCCGCGGGCAGUGGACGAGGAGCAUAUCCACCACCUACAUGCUGUUCGCGACGAAAUCAUACAAGCCAUUACAGACCGUGUGCCACCUACCCAGAGCCCGCCAGGCCUAAAUGAGGAGCAAUUGCAUCAUCUCACUGAGAUUCGCGAUGAAAUUCUGAAUGCUCUAGCUGGCUCAUUGGCGACGCAAAGCAUGGUCAGUAAAGAGUCAUAUGACUCAGGGCUGGGCCGGGAUGAAAUCGCUAGCGCGGUAUCCGAUAGCUUGGAGGCCCAUUUCCAAAACUCAAAGAAGUCAGAAGAGCCACGCAUCACCCACAAAGACGUUGUAGAUGCUGUCAACGAUGCCUUCAGCGCUCAGCAGACGGCAUUGGCUCUUCCAAUGUCGUCUCAUAUUACCCGUGAAGAGAUCAUGGCCGCCAUAGCCGACGGCAUUGAGAUGUCCCACAAACCUGAUACAUCGACCAUCUCACGAGAGGACAUCAUGUCCGCGAUUGCUGAUGGCAUGGAGAUGUCACACCCGCUGUCGGAGCCGACCAUCACAAAGGCAGAUAUCAUCUCUGCUGUCGCAGAGGGCAUUGAACUAUCCAACAAGCCUGACGAAACUGCCCUUGUUCCCGCCGUGCAGCCAGUGCUGACACGUGCAGAAAUCAUCGAGGCUGUCUCCGAGGCCCUGGAAAAGUCGCAACAGGCAGAGAAGACAAGUCUCAGCACCUCUGUGCAAGAGCCAGGCAUCACACGUGAAGAACUUUUCCAUGCCGUCGUGGAUGGAAUUGAAAGCGCCAAUACAAUGACUCGCGAGAUCGAGCUGAACAAGGAUGAUCUCAUGGAGGCUAUCAGCGCCGGUCUUCAAGAGGCGAACAGCACCGCUAAUUCUAACAUUGGUGAUGAGGUGAUGGUCCGUCUUCAGGAGGUGGUCACUGGAAUGAAGGAAGAAUUCAAGCAGUACUCCGCAGCGAAUGGAAAAGAUACCGAACAAGUUCUGGAUGCUGUGAAGGACGGAAUGGAGGUCGUCCGCCGUGAGAUCGAGUCUUACGUUGCAACUGCUGCAGAAGCCGCAGGGAAAGACGAGAUCAUUGUUACCGUAAAGGAAGGAUUCCGACUCCUCCAAGCCGACCUAGAGAAGACCAUCAAUGAUGCGUCCGUCAGCAACGCUCCCCUUGGCAAUCCUGAUACAACAGAGCUUUUGGACGCCAUGGAGAAGGAGUUUGAACACUUGCGUGGAACAAUCAGCACACUCCUUCUCCGCGACAGCGCGACGAGCGACAAGGAUGAGAUACUGGAUGCAAUUCGGGAUGUAUCUGAACAGCAGAAGGUCCAACCGGGAGAAGUCCAGAUUUUGAGUACACUGCGUGCAGAGUUCGAGAGCCUCCGUGAGCGCAUGGACAUGAGCAUCGUCCCCGCUAGCUCUGGAAGUGAAAAGGACGACAUCAUUGCUGCAGUCCGCGAGCAUCUUGAUACAUUCCGUGAGGAGACAGUGCUGUCUCGAAAAGAUGGCGAAGAAAGCACCCUAUCCGCAACCAGCGAGCUGUUGGACGCUUUCCAUGACAGCAUGGACGCCAUUCGCGACGACCUUAAGAAGCUAAUGGAGCAACCAGCCGCUUUUGAUAGCUCUGAAAUCGUGGACACCCUAAAGGAAGGCCUUUCCGACGUCAAAAAUCAGAUCGAGUCAAUCCGGGUCGCCCAAAAGGAAAAUGAUGACGCGGAAACCGUUCGUGGAAACGAAUUGAUGCUCGCCAAAGAGGCCUCCCUUGGCAACGAAAUGGACAGCCUGAAAACCCUGAUGACUGAACUUCAAGCCAAGAUUGAAUCUAUCGACUCCACUCCACGUAUGGCCGAGCUUCCUGCGGAUGCUCUGAAGCAAAGUCAUUUUGAUGAGCUACUCACCGCCGUACACGAGGUUCAAGUAGCUAUGGGUGCACUCGGUGAUCUGGGAUCAUCACCUGAUCUACACGAGGCCGCAGCUCGCAAGGAAGAUACGGAUGCCAUUCAAGAACUUCUAAUGAGCACCAAGGCCCAGAUGGAUGAGAUGAAAUUCCCAUCCCCAGACGAGUUGGCGUCCGCACAGCACAUCGCAGCACUCGAAGCGACCGUCAAAGAGGCUAAAGAUGGCAUUACGGAACUGUCCUCCCGUUUCGAAGCGGAUGGCCCUACCAAGGCCGAGAUUGGCGCCCUGGAAGGUCUGAUCAAGGAUGUCUGGGUGACUUUGGAGGACCUCAAAGCCAAAACACUGGAAAAGGAACAAGAAGACCCAGAGGCUGACACUGAUAAGCUGAUGAAAUCGGACCUUCAGACAGUUGAGGCCAUGAUCUUCGAAGUCAAGACUCAAAUCGAUGAACUUAAGUUGCCUGACGUGGAAACUAUUCCUUCUAAAGAGGAAAUCAGUGACCUUGCAGCCCUUGUCUCCGAUUUUCGCGAGAAGAUGGAGGCUAACAACGAACUGACGGCUCAAGGCUUCGAAGCUCGCAAGGUCGAGCACGGUGGGCUUGCUGAGAAGAUUGAGGAGGCAAAACUCGUUGUUGGUGAACUCGGAGACGAGCUCAAAAGCAAGCUCGACGGCAGUGCCGAAGGCUUGACCGAGCUCAAGCAACUUCUCGAAGGUCUCGCACUCACUGCUGAAAGCUUCAGCACUGUGGAGAGCAUCAGGGAACUUACAGAGCUCAUUAAUCGCGAGUUCGAACGUGCUCGUGGUGAAGAGGAUGCCGGCAAACUCGAGAAGGAAGAGCGCGAUGCGGCUACUUUGGUCAAGCAUGACGAGACUCGUGCAGCGAUCAUUGUUGAACUCGGUACGAAAAUUGAUGAAAAAAUCGCCGAGGUCCUCGCCAAGUAUGAGGACGCACAUGCCUCUCUCCACGCAAAGCUCUCUGAAGGUGAAGAGCGGGACUUGGCUCAUACUGAAGCGGUGACCAGUACCAAGGGUCUCGCCGAAGAAAUCAAGCUUGUUAUAGGAGAAAUGGGUUCAAGUGUCACCGAGACUUGCGAGCGGAUCGGCAUUGACACCAAGGCUCUCUUUGAGAAGGUGGACGAGUCAUACAGCCGAAUGGAAGAGAUGCAGAGUCAAGUCAAAUCCCAACACGAACAGUCUCGAGGCGAGACUGAGCGAGCUACUGCCGCCACUGAGCGCGUGGAGAGUAAGCUUCUGGAAUUCCAUCCUCAGAUUCUCGAGGCAGUGAACGAAAUUCUCAGCGUUGUCAACCGCCACUUCGACCACUCACAGAAAUCCAGCGAAGAAUUCAAAUCUGAGCUAUCCGCAUUGCCGAGCACUAUACCUACCAUGCUGCCCGCUCUGCCCCCUGCAGAAUCUGAUGACCCUGUUCAAUCUAAGCUCAACGACAUCUUGGAACAGACUAAGAAUAGCCAGGUCCAAGAGGUUCUCAACACACUCCUCGAUCAUUCGAAGAACGACCAGCUCCACGCCAAGCUUGAUCGACUCCUGCAACGGGGCUCGGGCAAUGAAGAGAUCUAUGACAAGCUGAACCAGCUUCUUGACCAUGUCACGAACGGUAACAACUCGGUUCAUGACAAGCUUGAUGCCCUGCUCGAGCGUCCUGCUCCUGUGUCGAACUCAGAGGACUCCGUUACGCAGAUGAUGAAACUGGACGAAAUGCACAAGGACAUUAUGGAGAACACUCGUCGCAUGAACGAAAUGUUUGCCAUCCAGUCAGCACUGGUCGCGGAGGACACUGAGCGAAAACGUCGCGAAGCAGAAGAUGCUGCGAUUGCCCUGGAGCGUCGUACUACCCAGCGAGAGCAGGUAGAAGCCGAGAUCAUCGGUUUGCACGAGGAGAAGGACUCCCUUUUGAAGAUGAUCCAUACUCUUAAAGCCGAGAAGGAUGAGCUCGUCAAACAGCACACCAAGCUCAACAAGGAGGUGUCUGGUCUUGAGACUGCUUUGGAAAUUCGUCACGAGGAGAUGCAACAGAUCAUGGGGCAAGCUGACGAAUUGGAGAAACGCAUUCUUGAGGGUGUUCUCGAUCACGCUCGGUCUGUUCUGUUGAGUCGGUCUAAUUCGGGACAAACCAUGGGCCUUCGACGCAAUCGAAGCGCGCGGUCCUCUCGUGCUCGUGCCCGCAGCCCUAGCGUGAUCAGUAUUACCAGCACUGCUCGUGACUCCCGAGAUGCACGCAGUCUCCUCGGAAACGGCGUCGGCAUGGCUUUGAAACGCCGGACCCCCGCCACUUCCCAAGUCGGACAGGCUCCUACUCAGCCCAACAUUGGUAAAGAGCGCCGCAUUCUUAGUCUCAGCCAUGUCAUGGGAAAUCGCGGGCCUGAUCGUCAAGUCAGUGCCAACAGCGGAAUCACUAGUCUGAAGCGCAGCCACUCCGUCAAAUCUAACUUCUCGCUUCGAAAGACCUCCAUGCCCACUCGCACCUCUGUUUCCAACAAAGAAAACGAGGCUUUCCCGGAAGAGGAUGAAAUUGACGGUGAUCUGGAGAGCCAUGCUAGGACGGAGCGCCGAUCAAGCUAUGCACCGACAGAUCGCAAGACCUCCUACGCUGAGACUUGUACUGACAGCAUGUGCAGCGGACCCACUGGAAGUGUCAUUUCACGAGAAAGGCGCCCGAGCGGAAUGAGUGUGAACAGCGCCGAUGUCAGUACGGUCGACGGACAUGACGACCAUGGCCCAAGUUUCAUUGCUGGGGAUGACCAAGACUACAUAUCUGGCAGUUUGGUGGAGUCAGAUGAUGGAGAAGAUGCAAAAACUGCUCGUGAAGGGGACGGUGAUGAGGAGGAAGAGCGGGAACUGGAUGAAGGGUUGAGUGUUGAUCAAUCUAAGAUACAUGUCGAGGCGCCAGGUGUCACUCAGCAAGCAGACUUGGAGGCUGAAGUCAUGGGGAUGCUCAAUCCUGCCGGGGACAAUACACCAGCUGCCGGGCCACCUGUCAGCGUCGCAUAA